AUGCACCAGGUGGAAGAUCGUCCCUAUACGCUGGAAGAUCGCUUUAGCACAAGCCUGUCGUUGCCUCAUACCGGGGAACUGGCCUAUCACGAACUGAGUGGAGCUAACGGACGGGUACAGGUCCUGCAUAGGGAGCAUGUCGUGGACCCCUUCUUGCCGCUUUCUGCUGCCCCGCCUGCUCACAUCGUUGCCCUUAUCCGUCACAGCAAUCUUGCGGCAGGGUAUCGUGACCUUCAUGUGCAAGCCGGGGAGGAAGAGGCCCAGCCAUCAGAAAUUGGUACUCUUGAAUCCUCUCAAGAAGUACACUCUGGCGGGUCUAGGCUACAGGCGUUUAAGGUCGGCAAUGUGAUAGGUGGUCUGCUCUUCCUCGUGAAGCCGCGUGCCCUCGUGCUGUCCCUGUCGAUCCUUGUUGCCGUUGCGAUGCAAGACCCGGUUACUCGGGAGCCCAUGAAUGAUGCCCAUGAAGGCCGGCCUUGGCGGCUUGUGCGGAACCAUCCCAGCCUUGCCUCUCUGGAAGAGCACUCUACAGUCGGCAGAAGCUGGUCCCUGCUUGAUGCACGGGAAACUCUUGGGAUUGUCUUCGAUGCCCAGGCCGGGCUGCCUGAAUUCCGUUUCUGCAUUUGGAGCCCUGCUGAUUGGAGUUGCUUCUUCCUCCCAGGGUCUUCGGCACCUACCGUCCUGCGGGAACGUCUCUUUGAGGCUAAGGUGGCUCUGGGUCGGCAUGACUGUGUCUUAUGGGAUCCGCUACCCCCUGACCGAGCAAUACAUCUGGUUGCCACCGUCUCAGACCCAGCACUGGUCACGGUUGUGGUGGAUACUGGGCGUGAGUAUCUGUGCUUGGAUGUGUCCAGACAGCGCUUCGGCGUUUCUCUUCUUUCUGCCUUGCAGUUGCUCUGCCCAGAUCGGUGUUUCCGUGUCCCUGAGGAUAUUCGCACACCAGUCCGGAGUGGUGAUGUUAUAAAAGUGUUUGAUGACUCAACGGCCAGUUGCCAGACACCGCAAUUCUUUGUUCCGCGGUUCACGCUUCCGCCUGUGCCUGAUGUUGGGACACAGCUUGUUUAUAUUGCAUCUGUCGACAUGGGUGUUAUCCGUUUAAGGGUUCCGACUGGUGUUGAGACGGGCGAUCUUGAAAGGGCCUUGGUCGUGUGGCUCGGCCGGCAGCGUUGUCUUGGUACUCGCCUGUUGAAGCUUGACCUCGACGUCUCGGUACCUGUCUAUUGUUUGCCACGCCGUGGCAAAAGUACGUUGGCUGUGGGCCUGAUUGACUUAGCUGAUUCUGUUAUGGACACCAUUGUCCAUGUGGUCGAUUCAACGGGACUUGCAGAUCUGGAUUGCGAAGUACUCCGAGAACCUUGGCGGCCCGGUUCACUCUUUUGGAAUGACAUUCUUGCGCGUGGACCGGUUUGUGUUUCCUGCUGGCAGGCCUCCACAGGCCUGGCUGGUGGAGGCGCACCGAUCGGUGUUGUCACUUUAGGCAUCGACAUCUGCCGUGCUUUGGGUGCCGGCUGGCGUCCACCGGUAGCUAGUUCUGUGCCUGAGUACGAUCUUGUUAUCGCUGCUGAGCAUCUCGGUAUUCACUGGCGUCCGGAUAGCACGGCCCUCACCAGGCAUGCCACCACUCAGACCUCUGCCGCCUUUUGGCCAAUGCAAGCCUCACCGUUGUUCUCCUCUGCAAUGCCGGUGCCACGCAAAGCUGAUGGUCAGGUGCACAAUCCCGUGUGUUGCGGGCAGACAUAUUUGGGCCCUCCGUCUCGGGACCAGUUAUCCACGGAGCCCAUCAAUUUUGGAUGUGGCCUGAUGAUGUUAGCCCAGGCAGAGGCGCAGCCAUCCUCGGGUCAUAGACAACUGAGCCGCUGGUGGUCUCCUGUGCUAUUCCUUUUGCUCGCUGGUCAUGAUGCUUGCUCUACUGGCGUCGGUGUUUUCCUGUUCCUCCCGUUGGCCUGGGCCGUUAGUGAUGCCGGCUCCUCAGAUACGCCAUCGGUGCUGCACAGCUCUAGUGCGUCUGAGGGUCUCACCGCUAUGGAAAACUCGACUCUCAGCUGUCCCGUGGCCUGGUGUCAUGAGCUUUCGUGCCAGAGUACCCACUUCACUGUCAAUCCAGAGUCCUUGGCUGCUUACUUUGCCUCCCACUCCCCUCAGGAGUUGGUACGCGUGCAACUCUGGAACCCGUUCCAAGGGCCCUCCCUCUUUGACUUCCUGCGCGCCGAUCCGGCUGCUGUGCUUCACGCGAAGCUUCUGGCUGCUGGACACGACCCCCUACGACGCGUCCUCUAUGUUGCAUUUGACACGCAAAGCACUGUAGUUGACAUUAUCUCGGUCCCACCUGCCAGCGGUAGAUGGUGGAUUGUGCGCGAUGGCAUCUCACGUGAGCUGCUACGCCCGGUGACUACCUGGGUGGAAGAAAAUCGCCGCGCGGUUGUCACACUCAACUCACAUGGGCAGGCUACCAGCCUGACCUCCACGCCAGAGGUAGCGUCACUGUACAAUUUGCCACAAGGGGCCCGCGGUGUGACUGCCGCCCCGCUCACUAAAGUGUAUGGGGGCAUUCCCGCGUGCACUGCCGUUUCUUGGUUUCGCACUCCUUAUUACAACUCCUUGUCACGCCAUGAUGCAAGGUUCUCUGGCGCGGCACAUCGCAACAUCCUCUUGUACGGUCUGGUUGCCUUCUCCCCGUCGUGUGUUCUUGCUGAUGAGUCGGAUGAUGAGGCUCCCGAUGGGCCGACUGAACCGAGUUCGCCAGCUCUGACUGAUUUGCAGGCACCGACACCCACUGGAACUGUUGAGCAUGGCAUCGACCCACGGGUUGGGAUUAUCCAGCGUACAAGCGACUCAUCGCUUGCUCAUACAUCCGCCCCUCUUCGCGGUGAUUACGAACCACUGAUCAGCACAUUUGACCUCUGUGCCAUUCCUCGGCUGCAGCGAACUGUCGCUGCCUGCCUGAGCGACGUGGAUACCGAGUGCCCAGCGAACCCCUUUGUUAUGUCGGAGGCUAUUCCCUCCCCUCAGGCUAGUGUUCAUCUCAUUCCUGCGGCAGCUGACUCAAAUCUGGCAUCUGUGGUCCUGCGCUCCGGCUCCACUCUGCAGGCCCUUUGCUUGACACGUGCUUGGCAGGGUAAUCCGUACCGGCGCAUUGCUCUUCACGGUCGCCAGGGCCGUCUGCGCGAGCCCUACAGUGUCUCCCGGGGUAUUGGGGGCACUGUCACUUUCAGGGACGGCGAUUGUCUGCAUGCCGACAUGGGGCCCUUCGGUCCUCCCCCUCCUACCCCGGCAACUUCGUUAGUCAUUUCCCCUGGCGGGAAACUCACGAGCGUCGCACUCUACGUGGUGUCUGCCGGGAUCGCUGCUGCAGAAUGUCGCUUUUAUGCCCUUGGCGGGGACCUCAAGGUGCCCGCGUUCAUCCGAAUCUGGACGCCGCGCAUCCGCCCCCCUAUUCUUGUCUGCGUCGCUGCUGGGGAAGGCUGGGAUCCGGCAGAGGGGACGUUUUCCGGUGAAUUCCGAACCAGUCACCCUGGACGCUGGGCACCGGUCCGGUGGACCCCGUGCAGGCUGCCGCAUUUUGUACAAGUCUCUGACGAAGAGCAAUGUGCUAAUGUGCUGUUCGAGGAUAGCAGUGGCGUCAUCUGUGUCACCCUUGAUCGGCAGGUCACUCCGUUUGAUAUUAUGCAUGGUACGGCUGACAGCUGCCGGGGUGUGAGGGUGCUUGGUAACUUUCAUAUUGGCGCUCAUGCCCCUCUUGAACUUCGUGACGGUGAUGUGGUUGUUACUGGCCCCCUGGCACAGGUGGAGGACGCGGCUUGGCCAGAUUUGCGAAGUGCGGCUGCUAUACGCUUGCCUAGCUGGCCGCUGCUAUGGAUCCCAUGCCUAGGAGCAGCUGUGUCCCGAGUCGGCUGCAUGGUAAGUGUGCUCGCCACGAGUGUUCUCGCGACAUCCCGCUCCGGAGCUCCGCAUCUUCAUGGACGCUCCCGUUCGCCGCACAGGGAAGACACUUCUCGUUGUCCGAGUCCCCGUAUCGGUUAUUGGCGGCCUGAGCGCCGGCACCAAAUGAGCCUGGUUGCCACUCGCAGCGAGUGCCACCUACAGGUCUUGUGUCCCUUCCGCGGCUGGGGUCCCCCGGUGCCAUACACCCGUACCAUGGAGUCACAGCAGAUCAUGCGGGUUGUUCACCGCGACUCGGGUAACUGGGCCGUGGGCAUUCUACCUCUUGGAGGUAGUCAUGUCGAACACUUUACGGUGAUCCUGCCACUCCCUCCGGCCCCUCUUGUAGCUGUGCUCUUACACACUGCCGGCACCAGCCGGGCUGUCCUGUUGCCUUCCUGCAUUACUUUGCGCCAAAUAUCGGACUAUUUCGUGUCGCUUACUGGGGCGCCUGGCAUGCGCGCCCUUGUGCCGCCAGCACUUAAGCGCAUCGGUGGGUAUGAAGACGAAACUGUUCGUCUGCGACACGGGGAUACCUUUGAGCUUGAAGCAGGUUGGGUGUCAGUUUGGAGCACUGAUGGGGAUGGCAAUAGCUGUCACUCACGGCACUGGAUCCCUGACGGAGCUUUAUGGUCGCCUCGGCCCCUGGCUGAGGGGCGAUGGGUGCCGGCUGCUUACCUUCCCGAGCAUCAUGUCAGCUUCGUUGAGCAGCCGGAGCCGCAGGCUGUGCAUGUCCUGCUCUCACAGCCGUAUGACUCCACUGCCACGGUUUGCCGGCGGCUGAUGUUGGACCCCUCGGCCGAGCGCACCGCCCUGAAUCGAGUUUCUGAUGAUUGGCAGCUCCGACCGGAUUUGCAGGCGAGAGUGGUUGUAACUUGGCCGCGGAAUGGUGACAUUAUGGUCCCCCGUAUACUCCGCCGCGCCUUCCAUUAUAGCCUGCUCUCUGCAAAUGUUGCCGGUCUCAUGCGGCGUCCCUGUUGGGCGCUUCUCGGUCUUGUGGGAAUGAUCUCCAUCACUGAGGGCGCUGCUGUUCCCUCCAUGCCCGAUACAGUCGGGCAAGACGCACAAGGGGAGAGAUAUGGUGUUGACCCCUACUAUGUUAUUGCCCUCGCUGCCUUGGGUACUCGACACCUGCCUGGGUACCUGGCCGCGCUGCCGGCUGUUAGCGCCAUGGUUGUACCGCCGGCCGAGCAACAGCAACUACCACCUGUGCCCAUUGGUAAACACCCUUGGCGUGUUCCACAGCAAUCGCGUGUAUGUGGCGACUCUGUCGCGCAAUGCACUCGUGCUAGGCUUCUUUCCCCCUUUUGUGGAGAAGGUGACGAGGUCGAGGUUUCGCCAGACACCCCUGUCGAGGAUCUGCGCAUUUCCCUUUCCAGUACGGAGCCGUACUGGUACGGGGAGCUUAUGCCGGUAUGGCCGGCAAUUUGGCCGUAUACAGCGGUUUAUAUGCCCAUACCUUCUGGUGGCGAUUUGGUGUGCGUUGCUGCAGUCUCGCCGGGCUGGCAGCUGGCUGUCCUUAUCCCGCGGCGCACUGAUUUGGAAUGGCUCCUUGCCUAUCUUCGCCGCAUGACGCCAGUUCCUGUUCUCUCCGUUCACCCCCCCGUUGCCGCUAGACCAAAGGAUGACCCUGCACGUGGCGCAAUAGAUUGGCGGACGGGGGAUGUCAUAUUAGCCUUCCAGUGUGGCACGGCUGCGACUCACGAGCUGCCGACGUUCUUCUCGCCGGAGCAUGUGCGUUACGCUGCAAUCUGGAGCCAUGAUUUUGUGGUGCACUGUGAGCUGCCGCUCCUUGUUUGGCGGGUUGGGAGGCCUCCCUCUGCAACUGUUAUGCCACCGCCUGCUCGCUGGGUGUCCUCCGAGCAGACCUUUACAGGCGAGCCUGCCCUUUCGCGGUGGCUGGAGUCUGGCUACCUCUUCUGGGCCAGCCUGCCCUGA